AUGGAAGUUAUAGAAGAAACACCUGAAUUAAACUCAUCUAUUGAUCAAAAGUUUCUAAUACACAAUCAUCAUCAGUUGAAGUUAAUAAAAAAAACAUCGGCAUUACAAUUAAGUAACAAAAUAGCAGUUCAGGUAAAACAUACAGAUUUAUCCUAUAAAGAUAAAAGCAGGUUUAAGACCGAAAUACUAGUUGAAAAAAAUGAUCAUGAUAUUAAUGAAAAUGACUUAAAUGAGACAAAUUCUUAUGAACAUGCUACUUUUAAUAUUUUGAGUUCAUUGGGGCAAAGUAUAGAACUAAAUGAAGCCUUAAGAUCAUCCGAUGUCAACGAUCAUGUGCAUGGUAACAAUUAUACUGGGCGGCAAGAAGUCUUUAAAAAGGAGGAUCUGCUAGAUAUUUUGCAAGGAAAGAAUGUAGAAUCUUCUGACAAAGAAGUAGUUGAAUAA